GGCCGGCAGAAUGAUCAAUGAAGUAGGUGGGUCGGUCGGAGAUAAGAAUACUGGCAAGGCGCCCAUGAUGCACUGCAAGCCUGGGCUUUCUCACGAUCAGAAAUCGGAAAAUAGUAAUUGCCUUAGACAGCCGUAGUGCUCGGGUUGCACAGUACUCGGAUGCUCGGUGAACACAGUUAUAUUACGCAGAAAUGCUCUACGCAUAAUAAUGAAAACAUAAUGCGGAGAAACUUUGACCAUUCCACAUCUGCUAGGCUCGAUCUCAGCUUCGUACUUUCUCCAAUAACGAUUAAUAUUUUCUCCAGUAUGAGACCGAUUGGCACCCUCUGUAGCUGUGACUAAACGCGAGAUCUAGCGGGUUUCAUUUAGCUCGUUUAUUUUUCUCGAAAGCUAUAAUGGUAAAAUCGUUCUACUGAUUUGCAAGCAAGGCGAAGGCAAGUGGACGUCAGAUCCAGGAACCACCGAUUGAACGCUGUGAUCGAAGCUGGAUUCCUUUCGAGAACCACCAUGCUAAGGUCGUGGAAAGCGGCGCCUUGUUCGCCCGUAAUGAAUGCUGGGUUUACAUUGGCGAUCCUGUUCACUUGCCUUCAAGAAGUAAAAACGGAGAAAGUGCCCGGAGCCGAGAGCAACUCGUCCAACUGCGGCGGUACCUACAAGUGCAAAGAGGGCGUGAUCUUGCCCGUGUGGUACCCGCAGGACCCUGCCGUCGGCGACAAGGUAGCCCGGGCCAUCGUCUACUUCGUGGCGCUGAUCUACAUGUUCCUGGGUGUGUCCAUCGUAGCGGACCGUUUCAUGUCCUCGAUCGAGGUGAUCACCUCGCAAGAGAGGGAGAUCACGGUAAAGAGAGCCAAUGGCGAGACCAGCACCACCACCGUGCGCCUGUGGAACGAGACAGUGUCCAACCUCACGCUGAUGGCGCUCGGCUCGUCGGCGCCCGAGAUCCUGCUCUCAGUCAUCGAAGUGUGCGGUCACGGCUUCCACGCCGGCGAGCUGGGGCCCAGCACCAUCGUGGGUAGCGCCGCCUUCAACACCUUCGUGAUCAUUGCCAUCUGCGUGUACGUGGUGCCCGACGGCGAGGUGCGGCGCAUCAAACACCUGCGGGUCUUCUUCGUCACGGCCGCAUGGAGCAUCUUCGCCUACGCCUGGCUCUACCUCAUCCUGGCCGUCAUCUCCCCCGGCGUGGUGGAGCUGUGGGAGGGUCUGCUCACCCUCGUCUUCUUCCCGGUCUGUGUUAUGUUCGCCUGGGUGGCCGACCGCCGCCUACUCUUCUACAAGUACGUCUAUAAGAAGUACCGAGCGGGCCGCCACCGCGGCGUCAUCGUGGAGACCGAGGGCGACCGGCCCAGCAAGGCCGACAUCGAGAUGGAUGGCAAGAUGCUCAACUCGCACGAGGUAGCGACAGCGGCCGCCGCCGCUGGCGGCGAGGCCGAAAUGCCCGAGGCGGUGGUGACGGUGGCGGGGGGCGCCAAGGACCAAGAGGAGGAGUCCCGGCGGGAAAUGGCGCGCAUCCUGAAGGAGCUGAAGCAGAAACACCCGGACAAGGAGAUGGAGCAGCUGAUCGAGCUGGCGAACUACCAGGUACUGAGCCAGCAGGCCAAGAGCCGCGCCUUCUACCGCAUCCAGGCCACCCGCCUCAUGAUCGGCGCCGGCAACAUCCUCAAGCGGCACGCCGCGGACCAGGCGCGCAAGGCCGUGUCCAUGCACGAGGUGCGGCCCGAGGUGGACGAAGGGCCUGUCAGCCGCAUCUACUUCGACCCCGGCAGUUACCAGUGCCUGGAGAACUGCGGCUCGGUGGCGCUGACCGUCGUGCGCCGGGGUGGCGACCUGACCAACACGGUGACGGUCGACUACCGCACCGAGGACGGCACUGCCAACGCCGGCUCCGACUACGAGUUCACCGAAGGCAGCUUGGUCUUCAAGCCGGGCGAGACCCAGAAGGAGAUCCUGGUGGGGAUUAUCGACGACGACAUUUUCGAGGAGGACGAGAACUUCUGCGUGCACCUCAGCAACCUGCGCGUGGGCGGCGUGGCCGUGACCGCGGCCGCGCCGGCACCCGCGCACGCGCCGUCGCCGAAAGCCGGGUCGGCCGCGACGGCAGCGCAGCCGCCAGCGGCCGGCGUGACGGGCGAGAGCAACAACGACGCAGCGUCCGUGACCUGUGCUGCCGUCACAACCACCGCCAGCAGCGCCGCCGCCAAUCACGUAGCGACGUCCGGCGCCUGCGCCGUCUCGGAGAUCGCGUGCCUGGUGGCACCCAGCACGGCCAACGUCACCAUCUUCGACGACGACCACGCCGGUAUCUUCAGCUUCGAGGAGAAGGUGAUGCACGUGAGCGAGAGCGUGGGCGUGAUGGAGGUGAAGGUGGUGCGCGCCUCAGGGGCGCGUGGCACCGUGCUCGUGCCGUACCGCACGAUGGAGGGCAGCGCGCGCGGCGGCGGCGAGGACUUCGAAGACACGACCGGCGAGCUGCAGUUCGAGAACGACGAGAUCGUGAAAACCAUUACCAUUAAUGUAAUUGACCGUGAGGAGUAUGAAAAGCAAGACAGUUUCUUCAUUGCACUUGGUGAACCUGUGUGGAUCAGAAGAGGAAUGAAAGCCUUGUUGUUGAAUGAGCUAGGACCCUUCACAAAGACAGCAAAGUACUUCAAUGGUCAUGCUCUCUACAGGAAGGUUCAAUUUAGGGACAAACCAAUUCCAUCGACUGUCAUCUGCAUUGCAGGUAAUACUGAAGAUAAAAAGGCCAUAUCAAGCAAAGAUGAGGAAGAGCGGCGGAUUGCAGAAAUGGGCCGCCCGGUUCUGGGAGAAAAUAUGAAGUUAGAAAUCAUAAUUGAAGAAUCUUAUGAAUUUAAGAAUACAGUGGACAAACUGAUCAAAAAGACUAACUUAGCCUUGGUUGUGGGAACGAACAGUUGGAGGGAUCAGUUUAUUGAAGCUAUCACUGUGAGCGCUGGGGAAGAUGAUGACGAUGAUGAAUGUGCUGAGGAGAAACUUCCUUCAUGCUUUGAUUAUGUAAUGCACUUUCUGACUGUCUUCUGGAAAGUUCUUUUUGCAAUUGUACCUCCUACGGAGUACUGGAACGGCUGGGCCUGCUUUGUGGUGUCCAUUAUAAUGAUUGGCAUCCUAACUGCUGUUAUUGGUGACUUGGCUUCGCAUUUUGGCUGUACCAUUGGAUUGAAGGAUUCGGUUACUGCGGUAGUGUUUGUUGCACUGGGGACUUCGGUUCCAGAUACCUUUGCCAGCAAAGUAGCUGCAAUUCAAGAUCAGUAUGCUGAUGCUUCUAUUGGUAAUGUGACCGGGAGCAAUGCUGUGAAUAUUUUCUUAGGAAUAGGUGUAGCCUGGACAGUUGCAGCAGUCUAUUGGAAUGCUCAGGGAAAGGAUUUUGAGGUGCACCCUGGAAACCUGGCCUUUUCAGUCACUCUCUAUACCAUAUUUGCUUUUAUAAACUUUGGUGUGCUACUGUACCGAAGGAAGCCUGAAAUUGGUGGUGAGUUGGGUGGACCACGGACUGCCAAGCUUCUAACCACAGCAAUGUUCACUUUGCUUUGGUUAUUAUACAUCUUUUGCUCAUCUCUGGAGGCCUAUUGUUACAUAAAGGGCUUCUAAAAAUGAAUCAGCAGAACAUGAACCAAGUGGACAUUUAGUAUUUCACUCACCUGAUGAUGGAAUGCUAACUUCUGAGAGCAUUCUUUUUGCUAGGUAGAAGUGGAUCUUAGUGUUCAUUCUGCAGGGGCAUCAUAACAAUAAAAGCUAUGAAUGUAGGGCUUGGUCUGCUGCUGUGCAGAUCAGUUGUACCAAAUGGUAAAAUAUUUUUUAUUGAGACAAAAGAGCCUAAAGUAAUAUUUAUGGCACUUAUACCCUCAGUAGCAUGCCCUCAUCCAUUCAUGGAAUGAUGCCUCUGUGCUAAUGUGACUGACUGUUUGAGAUCAAGUUGCUUACUCAGAAAAAUGACUUGACCCAUUAAUUAGUUUUGUUUUGGAUCUGCGUGCCCUACACUUCAUUUAACAUACUGAGUGCUGACAACUCCCAAUUAAAAAUUCAGUGUCAACAUUUGGAGUUUUGAUUUAAUUUAAUUUAAUUUGGGUUCCUUAGUAAAAAUGCACAGAAUAUGCGUAACUGCUAGACAUUUACCCAUACACCGUGUCAUUGUUAUUUUUGUACAAUAAUGUUAAAUGUGAUACUGUAAUGCUGUGCAUGGUUAAGGCAUUUGUCCUAUAUGUAAUAUAAAUACAUCACCAAUCUCAAGAUCUACCGUGCAUUGUUUAUUACCAGGAAUUGCUUGACUGCAUAUGGUGAGGGGGAAAGGCUAUAGCUUUUAACUGAAAUUUGCCACGUUUACAGAAAUAAGUGGUACUGUUGGAACUAGCACAUUCACAAAGACGUACUUGAUCUAUAAAUAAGACAGAGUUUUUGUUAAACUUAGAAGUUGAAUGAUAUAUUAUUAAAACUAUUCAGGGUCAUUUUUUUGUUUUAGAACGUCAGUAUAGUUAUUUCUGUUGUCUGGUUGCUUUUGUUGCUGUCAGCAUUGUGGCACAAUAAAUCAGUAAGACAGUGUAAUUGGGAUGGUGCAUGUAAAUUAACCCAAGCAGAAAGAUGACAAUUGUUUAUGUUAAAUGUCGUUAAGUAGGCAAUGAGGAUAUUGCUGUAGCAAUCAACAGCUCAUUACUGUUGCCAGCUUUGGGAGUCAUUUCAAUGUUGUGUAUUCUUGCAAAUACGGUCCGAACUCUCAUAUGCCAAUUCACAAUCUUGUACUAGAACCUCUAUUAGAAGAAAGGCAUGUUUCAAGAUCUUAGUCACAUUAUGUGGCAUUAGGUUUUACAAAUAAACUCCAGUGGAGCUCAUGAUUGAAAAAUUGCAGAUGCUGUGUUUAGAACCAAUAAAAUAUGUAAGAUAGAAUUGAAAAAGAAUCUGUUGAAGCAAAAACAAAAUCAUUCUUGUGAGCCAUGAAUUGUGAUCACAACAGAAGCUCGUGUAGUUGAAUUAAUGAAGAGUUAAGUGCAAUAAGUGUUUUCCUUGAUCAACACUAACGAUAAUAAUAGAAAGGCAAAGAUUUGCAUUUGGUGCCAGUUUGAACUCACCGAGAGCCAGGAUACACUUCGUCUCUACAAGUAGACCCAACUUGCUGUAUUGGUUUAAUCUCAUCAUAGAAACAAAUGGGUGCAAUAUAAUGUUUAUAAUGGAUUGUAUAUGUAUGCAACUGGUACAUAACCCUUCAUAAGACUGUGUGCUGUGGUUUUGCUUUUCAAAUGACCACUUCACUAUCUUCCCCGGCUCAAUUAUCCCUCCCUUAAGAUUAGCUAUAGAAUAUAAAUGAGAAAUUCCCUUGGAAAGUCUGCUGUUUGUUAAAGCGAUACUAAUUUUUCCAUUUUUUUAAUCAACUGUCCCCCACCACACACACACUCACACAGAAUUAAUAGUUUUUGCAUAUUAAAGAAGCCGUGGGGCCACAAUGGAGUUGAUUUUCAGACUAGAGCUGGGUCAAAAUGUGUCAAGUCCAUCUUGGAUGAUGAGGAAAGAAUAAUAGUGUUUUAUUACUAUUCAAGCUUGUAUGAAGUACAAGUCACUUCAGCCAUCUGAUGACUCUAGGUUCAUUUGACAACCAGCCACUGACUUAUGACAGCUGAAUAAGUUCUGGGGAUCACAUUCCAUGCCUCCAUCCAUUUUUUAGUGCAAUUGUAAACCAGUGGCCUUGAUCACCAGUAUUAAUGCACAAAGCAAUGUCACUCAAGAUAUCUGUUCUGAUCCCAGGGUCUGACAUGUGUCACAAUACUGUUGAAAACUGCAAGCAAUACAAAUCUGAUUAAAACAUUUUGCAGCUGAUUAGUUUUGUGAGCAGUACAAGAUGUUUAUUUCUUUUUAGUACAGGAAAUGAAUGGUUCUGUUUUGAGAAUGAAGUUUUAAAAGGGAAGUUAUUUAUUUCAGUGACAGUAUGUUACUUCACAUUCUGCUCUGCAGUUCUUUAAAUAUAGAGAUAUUAUUACUGACAACUCCUGUAAUUUUAAUCUGUUAAAAUUGCAUUUACCCAGUCUAAACCUCCUUGGUUAUUCGCUGCAUCAUGCUGACGGCGCACAGUGAACUUUUCGUAGCUUCAUCAAGUAGAGGGUGUAAGUGUCACUCCUAGUGGUGUAAAAUAAUUAGCCUGAUUAAGGGCAAAUACUAAUGUUUUCGAGGGGGAAAGUACUCACAUGUUUGUUAAAUGGAUUGUUGUUUUGCUUUGCAACUAAAUUUGCUGAUAUUUUUGUUGAGGCUUUUUGUUCAUUCAGGCACAGAACAUGAAGGAUGGGCACCUUUACUAAGACACCAGAAGCUGCCAGAUCCUUCCUUCUGGUUGUUUAACCGGAGCCCAAGAAGAUGCAACCUGGAGAGGAAGCACUCCCAACUCACCCCCUUUCUCAGUGAGGAAGUGCUCAGCAAGCAUCCCUCAACCAUGAAACUUAAAGUAGGCACUGACCACAUGGAAUUCAUAGAUAAUUGCCAGUCUGCUUUCUUGCUCUCCAUACUGCACGGUGGUAGAGCAAGACUUUUACUCUGCCACUGCAGCUAUUUAGAGAGACUAAUGUUAAAUAGUAAUGGAAGUACAUUUCAAACAGCGAAAUCAUAAUAAAGUCCCAGAGGCUCACAAUUAUUUCAGUUAAUAGUUGUUUUAAUUUUAUUUACUUUUCCAGAAUGUGUUGAAUUUUCAGCCAACUGUAAAGUAAGAAUCUAACCAUAAGCAUACUAAAUGACUCCUGAGUGAACCGUGGUCCAAUGACAGACUACUACAAAUGUGAUUUCUUUGUAUAAGAAUGGGUUAGAUGAGGUACUGACAUCUCAGCAGCCUAAGGAAGUCAUUUCUGGUGCUUCUAUUCACACCAUUCUCAAUACUUACUGCUUUUACAUGAUAUGAGGUUUCAUCUCCCAGAUUGAAAGUGAUCAUUAAAUAUAAUCUCAGUUAAAUUAAAGUUAGAAAUAAUUCUUUGGGCAGAAUUACCAUCAACUUACUAUAUAAUAACCUCUUGCAUUUACCCACAAAAGGAGUCCUUUAAAACUGUAGAGGUCGUACAACAACUUACCCAUCUGGCAUCAAAUUAAAUCAGCUGCUAAGUAGAGCAGCUCAGCUGUUUUAUAGAAACUAAUCUUCUAUUUUUCUAGUUAAAACCUCAUAAAGAAGAUAAUAUAAGUACCUUCAGACAUCCAAAUUUAAUAGUGUGUGGUAAUUACAGUAUCAGAUUGAUCCACCAUUCUGACCAGUGUUAACAUCUAGCACUUAAAUGAAUAUCUUGCUGCUGUUUCAGUAGUGGCUGUAUCAUUUUGUGUGGAUUUUCCAAAAUAUAUUUACAGUGGUUUAAAUAACCAUUAGUAUUGCAUAAGAUGAAAGCACCCUAAGGCAGUUGGUUUGUGACCUUGUGUACAUAGUAUCUCAUGCAGAAUAUCAAAUUGUAAUUCAACUGUUGUGCCCGAAUGAGUGCUUUACUCAUGGAUGGUCACCAGCCUGUUAUAGCAGAGCAUGUGAAUUAAGAGUAAUUGUGGCAGCCUUUCAGGUAGAUUUGAUAAUGAAUGGGUGUGUUUCGAUGAAUGUAACUUUAGUGCUAGAUCGUUCCUACUUGAACCGAAGUGUAAUUGAUCUGUCUCUUUUUAAAUACCUAAAACAGCUAGGAAAAUUCAACCACACUCUUGCAGUCAUAAAAAUGCAGAUAGAGGUAUUUGGCAUUUACCCAUUUAACUGUGAUAUUAUACUUCAUACAGUCCCUUAAUUUGAUUUAUAGAGGUCAUAUUUUAAAUGUAUGAACUUUGAUAACAGAAUGCUAAUAGAGGCUAAAUGAAAUAGUGGCUUUGAGAAAAGAGAAACUGGAUGGAAUAUUUUUUCCUUCAGUUAAUACAAGUGCAUCAAGCAUUGCAUAUCAUUACAUAUUCAGUGAUGGCAUGUUACUUUAUAUUCUGAUCUCCAUGCAUUCUUUCCCCAUCUAUCAUUUUAACAAAAGUGUUGAGCCCUUCAAAGUAUAAAGAUUGAUCCCACGUGGACCUUAUACAAGUAUGAUACAGUGAACCAUUAUUUCUAAACUGAUUCAGCAUGCUUAGCUCUAAGUCCUAAGCAAAUUAUGGAGCCCAGGAACCCAAGUUUGGUUGUAGGAAAACUUAGUAUAGCAAAGAGCCUAGAGCAUAAGGAUGGCAUGGGUUACAGUGUUUUUUGAGGUAGAGAGUAGGCAGCAAGAGGAAAACUCCUCAGCUAAACCUCACCAAUAGUCACUUUGUCCACAGUAUGACUAAAUGAACAGCUUCCCUGCCUACUUAAUAUUCAGCAGCAAGAGAUGAUGCCAGACCUUUGGUAACAGUCCCUAGAAAAAGAGCUUUGGGGAAAAGAAUUCCCCCAAGGUAUGGGUAUCUUACUCUACUUUAAAUCUCCCUACCUGAGGAUUUCCUUUAGUUGGUUAAAACAGUCUUGUACACAUAUCAGGGGCUCACCAAGAUAGUUAAUAUUAGCUAACAUUUACUGAUGGCAAAUGUUUGCUCCAUCCUUCACAUAUGAAAAUUGUGCCAGAAUGUAUUUCUGAUAACAUAACAAUUUGCUGCUUGAUUUUGCUCAGCACCACCACUGAGAGAGAACAAAUGGUUUGAAAUUGGUAGCACAAUCAUAAUUUCAGCUACAGCAUUUAAUAUAGACCAUUGGAAUGGGCUGUGUAGGCUGUCUAUACAGCUGGUAAAGAGUAACCUUUCUACCUCCUGAUCUGAAUCAUUAAUGCCUCGGAGUUACAGUUCCUUUUUAGAGCACUGUUUAAAUACUAACAUUUCAUUCUCACCUUAUUAGUGGUACUGUCACAGUAAUUUGGAAAGGAAGAGCAUUGUGAUUUUAAAAAAAAGACCUGAGCAUGUUUAGAAGUUUGAAGGAGCUAGCAUAUUGGACAAUGUUUAAGCUUCCCCAAUGUCUCUCCCACUUUUGGAUUGAUGUUUAAUAGUGCAUGAAAUAACAUGGUGAUCAUUUUUGUACAGCCAUGAUGUCAUUGGUAUGUAAACAGAAGUGAAUUUAUAUUUCUAUUGGCAUGAAUUGGAUAUGCAAUACAGUAUUACUCAGUGAGCAACAUUAGAAGCUAGUAUGGAUUAAUUAUGUUGUGACAGUGGUUCUGCCAAUUUAUUUGGCCGUACAUCUGAUAAUCAAUUAUAGAACAGAAUGAAGAUUAAGAGACAAAAUAAUUAAAGCUCUUGCCUGAAUUGAAAGGUGUACACACACAACUUGAUACAACUCCACUGUCAAAAAUUGCUUGCAUAGCUUUUCAGUUUGCUCUGUGUUGUAUUUGUCAAAAAGUUUUAGUUUAAAAUAAAAUCUGCAUAAUUUGUAAAUGUAAAGAAUAUGAAAAUAAUAACUAAUUUUUUUUAACUUUACAACACAUUGCGAAUGGAAAUUUUUCUGCAAAUUUUGCAGUUCCAGAGGAAAUGAUUGCAUGUUGCAUAUGUUGUGAUUUGAGAAGAAUUAUCAGUGACUAAAAUGCCUUAUGCAAACAUUCAUUAGUACAUUAUCCAGAGCUGGUCUGAAAAUCACAAAUGUGUGGACUUUAUGCUGUUUUAUGUCAUAUUACUCAGCUUGAUUUGUCUGUCAUUUCUGUACUUCGUAAGGAACCUUUAAUCUUGUAAAACUGUGGUGUGUAUCUCUCAUUGCUUGAUCUGAAUGGCUUUGUAUAAAUCAAUGUCAUAAGCUGUUUCCUCUCUUGCCAUAUUUCCUAACACAUUAAAUAUAGAUGUUUGUAAAUUCUCCAUAAUUUCUCGUUCAUUCUGCGUGUCUUAAUAUAAUCAAGUCCAACAGGCAUUUCAUACAAUACUGUGUUGUAAA